AUGACACCAAGAGGAUGUAUUGAGUUGCGUACGAAUGACUCCGCGCUCCCGUCUGGGAACCGCAUCACCAUUCGUGGUAAGAUACAAAACUUCCCGUACGUUUUCGACCAUUUCGACAUUUGGGCGUCACGCCACAAGCGCUUAUCCCAAGUCAAAGUCGCCUCUUUCCCCUCUCGCUCGCAGAUGCAGCCAGACAACAUCACAAGCGUAGGCACUGGCACAGCGCCGUUGGCAGAAGCGACCAGUGGCGGGGAUGAUUAG